AUGGACUGUGACGUUGCUUCAUAUCAUGUGGAUUCGUUCGAUUACUUGGCGGAGCAAGGUGUAAAUUUGGCUGCUUUAGAUGUACCAGCCGAAAAAUUCCGACUUCCAGCUGGGGAAGCGGUGGAAUUACGUUAUACCGGCGCUCAGCUUGGUUAUCCAAUGAUUGAAGUGAAACAGGGUUCUUCUGUGGUUGAUUCGCUAAAACUAUUUCCUUCAGAAUGCAGGCAGCGUGGUUUAACUUACAGAGGGCCAUUAAAAGUGGGGGUAGAAAUACGGUUGAAUGGCAGUAGGAUAGAUUGUUGUGAAGUUGUUGUUGGUGAGGUGAUACGUCUUUUGGUUGCAAAUCGUCGCAAUUAUCCAAUCGGGAUAGUAAGGCGUUCCUUUCGUGAAAAAGGAUCUCUGUUUACACAAUAUGGGAUGAUGAUUCGAUGCGUUCGGGGAAAUUACUCAGCCGCUAGGAUGACGCUUCAUUAUCUCGAAAGUGGCACCAUUGUUAUUGCUUUACAGUACCGGCGUGAAUUAUUUUAUUUGCCAUUUAUGUAUAUCAUCAAAUCAUUAACAUCGAUGAAUGAUCAAUGCAUUAUGGAGCAUAUGACCAGAUGUCGACCCGAUGAUCACUUUUGGAAGGGAUGCGUAACCGCGAUGUUGGCACUAUGUAACGAUGAUGGCAUAGUGAAUCAAAAAGCGGCACUUACUGCUAUUGGUGGAAGAUUCCGAGUAGCUACUCAAGAUCGUGUUGGUCCAUGGGAAAUUUCUGAAGAUGUUGGCCGUUUCUUACUCCGCGUUUGUGUUGCAGUACAUUUGGACAACGAUGAAGAUAAAUUUUUUCUUCUUACUUAUAUGGCUCAGAAAUUGAUAGCGUUGACGAAAGGUGAAUGUUCUGCUGAAUCACCGGAUAAUCCACAGUUUCAAGAAGCUGCUGUAUCGGGUCAUAUACUUCUUUUGAUUAUACGAGAACGUUUGGAAAAUAUUUUGAAUAUUGCACGACGGAAAAUUGAAUUUGAAGCAAAGCGCAAGGCAGAAAGUUUCCUUUUAUCGAGUCAUGAAUUGAUUCGUGCAAUGGGUACGCAACGUUCGGGAGAAAUAACGCGAGGUUUGGAGUAUUUUUUGGCUACUGGGAAUUUAAUUUCCAAAGGAGGCCUGACAUUCAAUCAAAAUACUGGAUUUUCAGUGGUUGCUGAAAGAAUUAAUCAACUUCGAUUUGUUUCCCAUUUUCGGUGUGAUUUUUCUUUCAGUCAGAUUGUUGAUCCGAAGGCAAUCCAUCGAGGCGCUUUUUUUAUGGAAAUGCGUACUACAGAUGUACGUAAAUUGCGUCCCGAAACUUGGGGCUUCAUAUGUCCAGUACAUACUCCGGACGGUGCUCCAUGUGGUCUAUUAAAUCAUGUCACGGCAAGCGUACGCAUUGUCACGCAUUAUUCGAACAUCAGUGAACUGACAAAAUUGCUCGGAGAAUGGGGGAUGCUUGGUCAUUCCUCCAUUAUAUUACUACCCGCAGAGCCUGUGUAUCCCGUUUUGAUUGAUGGAAAAUUUGUUGGCUACAUUUUGCAAUCGCAAGCGUCGUAUGUUGAACGAAAAUUACGUUUUUUGAAAAUAUCAGAUGAUAUUCGCGUACCUUCUUGCGCUGAAAUAAUUCUAGUAGAAAAGUCCAUUGAUCCGAUUAACAUUUUAGUGCAAUAUCCCGGUCUCUACAUUUUUACCGAACCGGCUCGUCUUAUACGACCAGUCAAACACCUUCCAACAAAUCGAGUUGAAUUCAUAGGAACAUUCGAACAAGUGUACUUAUCAAUUUGUAUUGAUCCGGUGGAGGCAGAGCCCAAUAUAACAAUGCAUCAGGAAAUUCAUCCUAGCUGCUUGUUUAGUUUUGCUGCUAACCUAAUACCAUUUCCUGAUCAUAAUCAAUCGCCAAGAAACGUUUACCAAUGUCAAAUGGGUAAACAAACGAUGGGAGUACCUGUUCAUGCAUGGAACUAUCGAGCUGACAAUAAAAUGUAUCAUCUUCAGUUUCCUCAAAAUCCUAUCGUAAAACCAGAACCUUAUGAAAAAUAUGGUAUUGAUGAGUAUCCAAUGGGAACAAACGCAUGCGUUGCAGUCAUAUCAUACACAGGCUAUGAUAUGGAAGACGCUAUGGUUAUUAAUAAAAGUUCCUAUGAACGUGGUUUUGCUCAUGGUAGCGUUAUAAAAGUAGAAAGAGUGAACCUAAUCGAAGGACGGUCCGCGGAGAGCCUAAUAUUUUUGUGUGAUCCUCAAAAUCCACAGAAGACGAUAGGUCUUGAUGGUUUACCGAUUCCUGGACGUUUGUAUAUGGAAGGUGAUCCUUGUUAUUCGGUGUACGAUAUUGAUACAAACAAUUAUAAAAUCUAUAAAUACAAAUACACGGAGGCGGCAUUCUGUGGUUCAGUAAGAAUUGUCGAACAAGGCGACAGUCAUGCAUUAAUUCAGUGGCGUAUACAGCGUAAUCCGAUAAUUGGUGACAAAUUUGCAUCGAGGCAUGGUCAGAAAGGUAUUAAUUCUUUUUUAUGGCCUAGCGAAUCGAUGCCAUUUUCGGAGUCUGGAAUGGUUCCUGAUAUUAUUUUUAAUCCGCAUGGAAUGAUGAUUGAAAGUAUGGCUGGUAAAGCAGCAGCUACGCAUGGUUCUACAUAUGACUCUUCACCAUUCGUUUUCAAUGAGAAGAAAACGGCCAUUGAUCAUUUUGGACAGCUUCUUGUUCGUGCUGGAUACAAUUAUUAUGGCAAUGAAGCAAUGUAUUCUGGUGUCGAUGGUCGGGAAUUAGAAGUACAAAUUUUCUUUGGAGUUGUAUAUUAUCAGCGUCUCAGGCAUAUGAUUGCUGAUAAAUUCCAAGUACGAUCAACUGGCCCAACAGAUCCGGUGACGUUACAGCCAGUGAAAGGUCGUAAAAAAGGUGGUGGAAUUCGAUUUGGUGAAAUGGAACGUGAUGCAAUGAUUGCCCACGGAGCUGCAUUUACUUUACAGGAUCGUCUCUUUAAUUGUUCCGACAGAGAUAUCGCGCAAGUUUGUGCGCGUUGUGGUUCAAUGAUAUCAACACUUCGUUGUGCAAAGAUAUUGUCGGAACGUCGAAAUAGUGAAAAUUCAAUUGUAAACCACAGUGAACGUGAAGUGUGUUUGUUAUGUGGUAAGGAUGAUCAGGUUUACCCGGUUGAAGUGCCUCGAGUAUUUCGGUAUUUGAUUGCUGAACUUGCAGCAAUGAAUGUUCGUCUACAAAUUUCAGUGAAACAUCCAGCGAAUUUAUCCCUCUGA